UUAUUGAACACGUGCAAUUAUUCCAAGUUGUGCAACUUUCCAUGCAGAAAAAUGUUAUAAAGUUUGCAAAAGAAAAUUAAGUUUCAAAUUGAACAGAGCAGUGCUCCGCUAAACAAAACUGAAAUUCGAUCUGUUUCACUUUCCCCAAGUGUUUUUAUCUGGACUGCUGCUGCACAUGCUCUACAUGAUUCCCAUUUACUUCACUCGCCGUGACGAGAACGAGAAGUGAUAUAUUCAAAAACUACAAAAGGAUGAUGUCAAGACAUAAUUUAGUCAACUAACUAAUUCACACUGUUGUUGAACAACCAUAAACGGUCAUUCACAGUAAGGAAUGGUUGGGUACAAUGAAUCUGCAGAUCACAAAGUGUCUGAAUUAUGGCAAGGCAUCGCUGGAAUUUCCAGUGGAAUCAUCACGCGAGUUUUAUGUCAACCUUUGGACGUGCUAAAAAUUCGUUUUCAGCUCCAACACGAGCCCCUGCAACGCUGUUCAGAAAACUAUUAUUGGGGAAUCAAGCAUGCAUCUUCUCGAAUUGUGAAAGAAGAAUCAAUCCGAGCAUUGUGGAAAGGCCACAUUCCUGCACAAGUUUUAUCCGGGACCUAUGGUUUAACCCAGUUCUUAUCCUUUGAAGUUUUAACAAAAUAUGUCUCAAAAUCCAGUGAUCGCCAACUCAAUAAGACUGGAGUUCAUUUUGCUUGUGGCUGUAUCAGUGGGGCACUUGCGACAAGUCUCACGAUGCCGUUCGACACUGUGCGAACUCGUCUCGUGGGGCAAGGAGAACCAAAAAUUUAUAAGGGCGUAUUUCAUGCAUUUACGACCAUGGUUCGGACGGAAGGUUUCCUCUCAUUCUACAAAGGUUUAACGCCGAAUCUCAUUCAAAUCAUACCUCACACGGGGAUGCAAUUUGCCCUAUUCAACUUGGCCACAGAAAUUUAUAGCAGCGUAAUUAAGACUGAUGCUUCCGGCAAGUUGCCUGUGAUUGGAAAUCUCGUUUGUGGAUCAUUGGCUGGUGUUGGAGCCAAAACUGCCGUUUAUCCUUUAGAUCUGGCCAAGAAAAGACUGCAGAUUCAAGGGUUUGAAGUAGCUCGAGAAAAAUUUGGCAGGAUCCGAAUUUACACUGGAAUGAUAGAUUGUAUACGUAGUACUUUUAAAGAAGAGAGUUUUUUGGGACUUUAUAAAGGAUUAACUCCUAGUUGUAUCAAAGCAAUGGCAACCAGCGGACUAAUAUUUGCAUUGUAUGAAGAAAUAUCUCAUCUCUUCAAAUCUCUAAAACUCUAGUGUCGUCCUAAAUUCAUUGAAUUUACUAUGUAGCCUAUAUUCUAGUCGUUCAUAUCUAUACGCCAUAUGAUCAUAUAUAGUUGCGUACCUAGGCAUGAUACUUGUCUUAUCCAGGAAUGACAAUAAAAUAUAUCAAUUAAUUAGACAUUGUAA